AAAUAAAACAGUUUAAAGACGCAAUUGGGAAACGGCUAUUAAUUUAAAGUUUAACAAGUCUUGUUUAUUUUUAAAUUCAUUAUAACUGAAGAACAUUUACCAAAAUUAAAACUGUGUAAACUGAGUGGUUAAACUUAAAGUGGCCAAAUAAAAUUCGCCUUGGGAAAUCGUAGAAAAAAACAAAAAUAGAAAAUGGCUCUGGCUGUCCAAUUUUAAAUUUAUAAAUAUGUAGACCGGUACCCGACCUACAUGAAUAUUUGAUUUUUAAAUUAAUUAGUGGGUAUAAAAAUUAACUGACGUCUCGACGGCAGGCUUAUCAUUACACUAUUGGCUCUUAAGUGAGAACAACCUAGCAUUUUUCUUACGUCAAAUAAAAUGUGAUACAACGAAGAAACUGACACGUAGUUAUUUAAAGAUUCUAGUUCUGCAUCGAAUCUUAAAAAUAAUUAAUAUAAUGAGUAUAGAUACAUAAACGAUUUUGCUAAAACAACAUUAUAGGCCUAUAAAUAUAACGUUAACAAAAAAUAGUGUAAUUUAAUAUCGAGCGCUAGUUAGCUAAAGUGAAGUGCAUUGAAUAAAUUAUUUUUAAAAUAUAAAUAAGCGGUUUGAUUUUUGUUUAAUAAAUUUAUGUUAUUUUACUAAAAUGUCACCGCAGAAAAAUCCUGAGAAGCAAGGAGUUAGUCGAUCAAGGAUUGUAUUAUCACAGGUGUUAGCAUGCCUCGCCUUGGACUUUUUGCUCAUAGGCCUGGGCAUGUCUAUCAGCUUUGUGACUAUGGUCUUACCAGACGUUCUUGAUGCGAAAGAGGGACUCUCAUUGAACAAAAGGCAGGCGUCAUGGUUCGGUAGCAUGGCGUAUCUUUGCCAACCACUGGGCAGCAUAUUCUCGGGCCCGCUGCUGGAUUAUUUCGGGCGAAAGAAGGCUCUAUUGCUAGUUAACAUACCACACUUAAUUGCGUGGCUAUUGAUGUACUUCGCAUGGGACGUUCCAUCGCUUUUCAUCGCCAAUGCUUUACUGGGCAUAGGAACUGGAAUAAUGGAGGCACCUUCGGUCACUUAUGUGGGUGAAAUCAGCGAUCCAUCGGUGCGUGGUAUCCUUACAACAUUGACCAAUUGUUUCACCUCGACGGGCAUGUUCAUCGCGUAUCUACUUGGUACAGUGCUCACUUGGAGACAGGCAGCACUUGUGUCGCUGACUGUUCCUGUCGCCACAAUGCUUUUAGUGUUAUUCGUUCCUGAAACUCCUAUUUGGUUGAUGUCUAAAGGUCGCCAGAAAGAAGCCCUUCGGUCGCUGUGCCGUCUCCGAGGUUGGGCCCAACCAGAAGACGUGAAAGAGGAAUUCGAUCAACUUGUACAAUACAACGAUAUUCUACAGCAAUGCGUUAUUUGUGUGAAAGAAGCGCGAUCAGACUUAGAGCCUUGUGAACAUAAGAAUUGUAAUAUAUUCAAGAGGAUCGUUUUACAAUUCAAACACGUAUUCUUUGUAAAGGAGACCAUGAGGCCUUUCGCUCUUGUGAUGGGUUAUUUCUUCUUCUAUACAUUGAGCGGCUUGUCGCCCGUACGACCCAAUAUGGUGAAUGUAUGCAGGGCUUUAGGAAUGAAAUUCGAUCCUAAAACUAUUGUUGUCGUCAUUGGCGUUGUUUUUAUCAUAAUGAAUCUCCUGUCCGCAGCCAUAGUAAAGAUUAUAGGAAAACGAAAAUUAGUCUUAACAUCUCUAUUUGCCACAGCACUCUGCAGCUUAGCUAUUAGUGUAUACGCACGUUCAAGUAUUCCUGAGAGUGUAUUCUCGUAUGAAGCCAGUACAUUCCCGGAACAAAGGGAAAUUCUACCCGUAUUUCUAUUUAUGAUGCUGGUAUCGUUUAGUAGUUUGGGUAUACCAUGGGUGCUUUUGUCAGAGGUCUUUCCAUUUAGGAGCCGUGGUUUAGCUACGGGCUUAGCAGCUGCCUUGAGCUACACCAUAUUCUUCAUCGCAGCUAAAACGAAUUACAAUUUAGAAGCAAACUUCCAUCUCAGUGGCACAUUCUCGUUUUACGGUAUAAUAGGUAUUAUCGGAACGUUAUACCUUUACUUCUACUUGCCAGAAACUGAGAAAAAGACAUUAGUAGAAAUAGAAGCUUAUUAUAAAGGCAGCCAGAAAAUAUUUGCAGAUGAUUUCUUGAUAAAUGCCUUCAGAAAGAAAACUUGCACCAAUAACGAUGUUGAUAAACCUAUGCUAGUCAAAUAACUACCUCAAUUUUAUAAAUUGCGAAUUACCGUGCACGAAUCUUUCAUCAACUUUUGAUAAAAUAUGUAAGUAAUUAAUUGUACAUUGAAGCUAUUUUAGAAUUGUUACCUAAAUAAAUUAGAUAAAAUUUAGUUUUAUUAAGGAAAUAAGUGUUCAUAAGUUAUUGUUAACUGAUAUUACAUUAUAUUUUUUAUAAC